UCUUAAAAUUUUGCUCACUUAAAAACAUGAGAUAGGCUGUUUCACAUUUACAUUCGGAAUUUAUACUUUUAGUGGUUCCAUGUAAAGAUUUUUUCAAAUUAAUAAAAUUGUAAUUAGGUAUCAUGAAAAUGCUGUACUGUUUCAUGCUGAUCUGUGCUGGUAGCAUUUUCUUUAAUUCAGUUUUUGUUGGAUGUGAAGAAAAGAAUAUAUUCGAUAAAGGGUCUCCGGAAUACCAAGCUGAGCAAGUAUUAAACAACACACACAGAGUUACCCUGCCAUCACUGCGCGACGUGUUUGAAGCUGCAAUGAAUAAUUCACAUCUAAAAAUUAGAUACGGACCAAACGGUCGUUUUGACCCGACCAUACCUAAUAAAGUUCUUUAUUUUAACGCCAGAUUAGCUUAUCAAGCAACAGAAAUGAGCAAACUGAAAGCUUAUAAAGUCAAAAUGCUGAAUGUACGUGAUAAGAAGAAAGAAAGAAAAAAGAAAAUUCAUUUGGAAAUUACCGAUUAAUUAAGAUUUACUAUUUUUACGAUUUCAUUAUUGCUUUAAAUAGGGAACAAAUUUUCGUGUCAUUAUUAAGUACCUAAUUACCUAUAUACCUACUAUAAAAUAUGUUUGUUCUGGUCUAUCUGCUUCACACAUACAAUAGGUAGGUACAUACUAGGUACAUCAUUUGAAGGCUGCACCUGAGGUCAAUUCACCGUUUAAUACAUUCAGUCUAAAUUUCAUUUCUCGUUACUUUUGAAUUUAAGAGCCAUGUUAGCAUAAUGGGACCUAGGUACCUAAUUAAUACCUAUGUCGUGUCUCCAGAUUCAAAAUUAAAACUACAUUGCUAUUUAAAUUUCAAAUCCUGGUUUAUUCAUAAUAUUUUAUUUCGUUUAUUUGUGCUCGAAUAUAUAGGAAUUGAGACGCUUGGUAACAAACUUACAAGAUAAUUUUCGAAGAGAAUUAGAGGCACUAUCGAAAGAAGAAAUCGAAAACGAUCGUUUCAGAAAUGAUGAUAAGUUCCCGCAAAAGAAAAACGAACAAUUUAGUCCAACUAGAAAAUGAAUAAGAAGAUUAAACGAUGUGUAAGGUACCUCUACCUACGUUGGUACUGGUAGCUUACGUGGACGAAUAAAAAUUGCAGGUCCAUAGAAUUUCAUUGACUAAUUACACGCACCAAACCUACCUUUUUCGUAUUAAAGGUUUAAUUUAUUGUUUUACUGUUGAUUAUGAAGUGCCCCCUCCCACUGCACCAAUGUCCAAUAGUCCCUCACUUACAAUACCAAUUACUUACCUACCUAUAUAAAACAAAUGAGUAGAUGCUUAAUUGAAAAUUAUGGACCCAAUUUGUAAUUGGAGUUUUUCACUGAGAAAUCAGCACAUAUGCUUCAUAGCAUGAUAUGUACUUAGUUUAGGUAUUUUAAAGGAAUAUUUUGUGAAAUGGUCAUCAUGAGUGUUGGUGCCUAAUUUUCUUUAGUGAUAUUUAUUCUUACUUAGGUAUAUUUACAUAGUCAGUAAGUAAUCUACAUAUGAUCUACGCUUUCCAAAUUUCUGUGAUAAUUUAAAAACCUGAUCAACUUGUGCAAAAAAAACAACUAGAAAAUGAAUGAAUAAAUACUUUUGUUCGA